AUGGCUGAUAAACAGAUCAGUCUGCCUGCCAAGCUGAUCAAUGGAGGCAUAGCUGGGCUGAUCGGGGUCACCUGCGUCUUUCCCAUCGACCUGGCCAAGACUCGCCUGCAGAACCAGCAGAACGGCCAGCGGAUGUACACCAGCCUGUCUGACUGCCUCCUCAAAACCAUCCGCUCCGAGGGCUACUUCGGCAUGUACAGGGGGGCUGCAGUGAACCUGACCCUGGUGACGCCAGAGAAGGCAAUCAAGCUGGCAGCCAACGACUUCUUCCGGCAUCACCUCUCCAAGGAUGGGAAGAAGCUGACACUGCUGCGGGAGAUGCUGGCAGGCUGCGGCGCGGGCACCUGCCAGGUGAUCGUCACCACCCCCAUGGAGAUGCUCAAAAUCCAGCUGCAGGAUGCAGGCAGGAUUGCGGCCCAGAAGAAGCUGAUGGCAGCCCAGGGCCAGCUCUCCCCCUCCCCCUCCUGCCCGGGGGCUGAGCGCCGCCCCACGGCCACGCAGAUCACCAGGGAGCUGCUGCGCAGCAAGGGCAUCGCCGGCCUCUACAAGGGCCUGGGGGCCACCCUGCUGAGGGAUGUUCCCUUCUCCAUUGUUUACUUCCCCCUCUUUGCCAACCUGAACAAGCUGGGCCAGAAGGACCCCAACGUCAAGGCUCCCUUCUACGUGUCCUUCCUGUCGGGCUGCGUGGCUGGCAGCACAGCGGCCGUGGCCGUCAACCCCUGCGAUGUGAUCAAGACAAGGCUGCAGUCCCUGCAGAGAGGUGUGAAUGAGGACACCUACUCGGGAAUCCUGGACUGCACCAAGAAGAUCUGGCAGAAGGAGGGUCCCAUGGCCUUCCUGAAGGGAGCCUACUGCCGGGCGCUGGUGAUCGCUCCGCUCUUCGGCAUCGCGCAGGUCGUCUACUUCCUGGGCAUCGCCGAGUUCCUGCUGGCCCUGCUGCCCCAGCACCGGGGCUAG